GAGAGUUUCGUCAUUUGUACAACUGUAGAAGGAGAGGAAGAAGAAGUAGGAGCGAUGGCAUGGAGAGGAAACAUAUCGAAGUCUCUCAAAGAGCUCAGGAUUCUCCUCUGUCAAUCUUCCCCAGCUAGCGCUUCCACCAGGACGUUCGUGGAGAAGAAUUACAAAGAUUUGAAGACUCUGAACCCUAAGUUCCCUUUCCUGAUCCGCGAAUGCAGUGGGAUCCAGCCUCAGAUGUGGGCCAGAUAUGAUAUGGGAGUGGAGAGGUGUGUAAACUUGGAUGGUAUGAACGAGUCACAGAUUCUCAAGUCUCUUGAAGACCUUGUGAAAGCCGGAGGAGCUACAAAAGCCUAAAAGGUUUUUUAUUUUUAACCUGAGAUGAUCCCGAAUAAGAUACAAACUUGAAAUACAUUCAAUCUUGACGGUUCCUGUUAUUCUAUUACUUUGCAACUACUUGGGUGUCAUAUCGCCUUUCGUUUUUGUUUGUACUCCUUGAACUUGUUAUCAAAUGAACCUUCCGUAUGAUUGUUGAAAACAUA